UUGUGCUAAGCAAGCUCCAACUUGUCUUUCUCCUUUUCUUCUUAUUUCAAGAAACUGAAAACCCCUCUACCUCAUUUCUCCAUUAAUUGUUUGGCAGGUUGAUUUCAAUAGCAGUCACCUUCACAAAUUUGAAAUCUUGUGGUAAAGGGAUAAUUGAUUUCAAUGGCAGCUGUUUCCCCUGAAUCCCAGAUGAAUCAAAGAACAUGGCCGUGUAAAUCGGACGGUGGCCCUCGUUUCACCGCCUUUUCAUUCAUCGGAAAAUAUACCGAUAAUAAUAAUAAUAAUAACCAAAGAUUAAUAAACCCCACAAUCAAUCAUUUCCAAUCUAAUCCAAACAAUCAAGAUUUCUCACAACUCCCUGACGAUGUGCUAUUGAAAAUUGCUGCCAAUUUCACUUUGUCUAAUUUACGUGCGGCUUCACAAGUAUGUAAGUCUUGGUGUGAUGGGUUAAGACCCUUAAGAGAAGCUAUGCUGUUUCUCAAAUAUGGGAAGCGGUUUAAGCAUGGGCGUGGAGGGGUGAAACCUAAUUUGAAUAAGGCUCUUGAAUCGUUUCUUAAAGGUGCGGCUCUUGGGUCUACAUUGGCUAUGGUUGAUGCUGGAUUGGUUUAUUGGGAAAUGGGGAGGAAGGAACAAGGGAUUGCUUUCUAUAGAAAAGCAGCUGCACUUGGUGACCCUGCUGGUCAGUGUAACUUGGGGAUUUGCCUCUUGCAAGCUAAUCCUACGGACAAUGAGGAGGCUAUUAAAUGGCUGCACAAAGCUUCCGUUGCAGGUUAUGUUCGAGCUCAGUACCAGCUUGCCCUUUGUUUACAUAAAAAUCGUGGCCCGAGUAGGAAUCUUCAUGAAGCGGUAAGGUGGUAUCUGAAGGCAGCAGAAGGUGGAUAUGUCCGUGCUAUGUACAAUAUAGCAAUAUGCUACUCAGUUGGAGAAGGUGUAGUUCAAUGUCACAAGUUAGCAAGGAAAUGGAUGAAGAGAGCAGCUGAUCGAGGGCAUAGCAAAGCCCAGUUUGAGCAUGGACUCGGUCUAUUUUCCGAAGGGAACAUGAAGAAAGCUGUGGUGUAUUUGGAGCUCGCCACUCGUGCUGGUGAGACAGCAGCUGAUCACGUCAAGUAUGUUAUACUUCAAGAGAUGUCCACUUCUUGUCGUGACAGAGCUAUGCUUCUUGCUGAUAAUUGGUGUCCUUUGCCUUCUUCAUCCCGUUGAUCGAGUUUCCUUCUUGUUUUUUUUUUUCCAGCUUUAAUGCUGCCUAGGCAUAUUUCUCUGGCAUGCUAGUUUUGAACUUGUUCAAGUACAAAGUGUAAAUAUACAUAGUUUUUCUUGUAAAUAAUUUUUCGCUUUAAAAGUUAAUCAUUUCUUUA